AUCGGAGCACCUUAAUCCAUCACAGCACCCACCUCAGAUGCGAAAAUCGAUACCCACAGAAUUAAACCGGAAACUCUGAGCCACCGAAAUCGUUGCUCACAAAUCAAAACCCCCCAGUUCGAAACCCUAACCCUCCAACCCAAUCGAUUCCGGCUUCCCGCUUCAAUUCGACUCGGGCAAUAAAGGCAUGUAGAGGGCGGUAGGGUUCCAGGCUUCAGCCCGGGGACAGGUACAGGAUCCCAAGUAGGAAAAAAGUGUGGGACUUGCUACUUAUCUAAGAAGGCUGAGGAAAUGAGUUUGAUGGCACAAAAUUGUUAAAUGCUGCCUUGAAGUUUCCCAAGAUCCAAACACAGAAAGGGAGUUCUCUGCUCACGAGUUUAGAAAUACAAUAUGUAUCAUCCUACUAGAGGUGGAGUUCGUGGUGGUCGAGAUCAGUUUAGUUGGGACGAUGUUAAGGUCGACAAGCAUCGUGAGAAUUAUCUUGGUCACAGUAUCAAGGCCCCUGUUGGUCGAUGGCAAAAAGGUAAGGAUCUUCACUGGUAUAACAAAGACAAAAAAACAUGGAGUGCCGAAAUGGAUGCUGCAAAAGAUGAGAUUAAAAGAAUCAAGGAGGAAGAGGAUCAGGCUAUGAGGGAGGCUCUUGGCUUAGCUCCUAAGCGUGCAAACCGAGCUCAAGGUAAUCGGCUUGAUAAGCAUGAGUUCUCAGAACUUGUGAAGCGAGGUUCUACGGCAGAGGACUUGGGUGAAGGGCAUGCUGAAGCAGCACACGUACAUGGUCUUGGUUUUUCAAGAGCACCUGCCCCUUGGGAUGAUUCAACUUCUCUUCAACCUACAGUCAAGGGGGGUGCACCUGAAAUGGGGGAUAUUCCUUUGCCUAAGCUUCCACCAAAAGAAAAAGUUGAAGAGGAGUCCGAGGAUGAAAGCAGUCGAAGGAAAAGGAGGCGUGAGGAGAGGAAGCACGAGAAACAUGAGAGGCGUGAGAAACGCGAUAAGCAUGAAAAACGGCAUUCCUCAGAUGAGAGAAAACAUAGGAAAGACAAGGAGAAGAGGAGACAUGCUUAGGACUUUGAAUAAUAAAUGUUUGAGCAUCGGAAGGCUGUGUGAUCCAUAACAACCUUUAAUUGGAUAUGAUUCUUUGUAGGUGACCAACUUCGUUUUAACUUGUGUGCUGCAUCUGUAUUGUCUUGUCUACUGGAUGAAAUUAUUGUACUAGUCAGUGAACAACAAUAUUAUGUCAUCUGCAAGGAAUAAUGAUUUGCGCGAUCCAGUCCCCUGCGAUACAGUACCGAGGCUUCAGGCCUUAGAAUUAUAUAAAUAAUUGAAGGGUGUUAAAUGAGUUGAAGACCAUCAAAGUUAUUGGAUUUGAGCGAUCGCUGCUCUUGGUAA